AGGAGGGGCUUCAUGAAAGAUGAUUUCCGUUGUAUGUUAUUUGACAGUCAGUGACGAUUGACGGGGGACCAUCAGAUCAGUGGCUGUUGAUGGACCAUCCCUAUGAAGAAACAGGGUUACAAUGGGACAGAGUACCUCGGAACAAGAGGUCCAGGCAAACACCCCCACGGACGGGUUUGAUAACAUCAAGUCAUUUGUGGAAGAGGAACUACAGACGAGCAUGAUGGUGGGGAUGGUGAUAGGAGCAGGCAUAGCCAUAGUCCUCAUCGCCAUCCUCAUCUUCUUCAUCUUGCGGAGGAUCCAGCUUCGAAACCUAGAAGCUCAGGAGGCUCCCAAAUACCGCUUCCGCAAGAGGGACAAAGUCAUGUUCUACGGACGAAAGAUCAUGCGCAAAGUAUCCCAGUCUACCUCUUCCCUGGUGGGUACAUCCUCUUCCUCUCGGCCACGCCUCAAGAAGAAGCAGAAGAUGCUCAACAUUGCCAAAAAGAUCCUGCGCUUUAAGAAGGAGGUGCCCACCCUCCAGGCUAAGGAGCCCCCUCCUUCAGUGCUGGAGGCAGACCUCACCGAAUUUGAUGUGGCCAACUCCCACCUCCCCUCUGAGGUGCUCUACAUGCUCAAAAAUGUCCGUGUGCUGGGUCACUUUGAGAAACCCCUCUUCCUGGAGCUGUGUAAACACAUGGUGUUUGUGCAGUUCCAACAAGGGGAGUACGUCUUCAGGCCAGGCCAGCCUGACAGCAGCAUCUACGUGGUUCAGGAUGGAAAACUAGAAUUGUGCCUUACUGGAACGGAUGGCAAAGAGAGUGUCGUGAAGGAGGUCUACCCAGGAGACAGUGUCCACAGCCUCCUCAGCAUCCUGGAUGUCAUCACAGGCCACCAGAAGCCUUAUAAAACGGUGUCAGCACGGGCUGCAGAGGUUUCCACUGUUCUCCGUUUACCUGUAGAGGCCUUCCUCUCUAUAUUUGAGAAGUACCCUGAGAGCCUGGUGCGAGUAGUACAGAUUAUUAUGGUUCGUCUCCAAAGAGUAACAGUCCUAGCCCUGCACAACUAUCUUGGACUCACUAAUGAGCUCUUCAGCCAUGAAAUGCAGCCAUCGCGUCUGCCACCUCCGUCACCCCACCCAACUCGCACCAGUCCCAUCCGCCAUGGCAAGCGCUUUGGCAGCCUGACAGUGUCUGAGGAGCAUCGGGAAGCUGCCGUUAAGAGUGAAGCUACAGGAGGAGAACAAGGGAAGGAUGGAGCAACAGUGCCAACACUUAGCAGAACCAUCUCCAUGCCUGUGGACAUUGCUGGUAUACAGAAAAGUCUGAGAUCAGACUUUGACAUGGCAUAUGAAAGGGGACGGAUCUCUGUCUCUGCAGAGGAUGGAAACACUCCUCCCACCUUUACUCGGUCUGUGUCCCAGGACCAGCGGGAGAGGAGGGUGACAGUAGAUGAGGUUCCCUCAGGGAUCUACCUGUAUCCAGAAGAAGAGCCAGGAGUGGACAAUAUUUUUACACCUAUAUCCAGUCGAUCCAGUGCUGCUUUGUUUGAGGAAGCUCAGAAAGAGGUUCUCAAACUCAUGAGGAUUGAGGACCCAUCUUUGUUAAAUGGGAGAGUGACUCUGCACCAUGCGAAAGCUGGAGCUGUCUUAGCCAGACAAGGAGACCAGGAUGUGAGUCUGCACUUUGUCCUGUCUGGGUGUCUGCAUGUCUACCAACGGAUGAUCAAUAAACAGGAAGCUGUGUGCUUGUUUGUAACCCACCCGGGGGAGAUGGUGGGCCAGCUUGCUGUGCUCACGGGAGAACCCCUCAUCUUCACCAUCAAGGCCGUCCGAGACUGUACUUACCUCAAGAUUUCAAAGUCGGAUUUCUACGAGAUCAUGAGGGAGCAGCCCAGUGUGGUGCUGAGUGCAGCCCACACAGUGGCGAUCCGCAUGUCCCCUUUUGUCAGGCAGAUGGAUUUUGCUAUUGACUGGAUGGCUGUGGAGGCUGGCAGAGCCCUCUACAGACAAGACGACCAGUCAGACUGCACCUACAUCGUACUGAAUGGUCGUCUGCGUUCAGUCAUCCGCAAGGCAAAUGGCAAGAAAGAACUGGUUGGGGAAUACGGCAGGGGAGACCUCAUUGGAGUGGUUGAGGCUUUGACCAGACAGCCAAGAGCCACCACUGUCCACGCUGUGAGAGACACAGAGCUGGUCAAGCUGCCUGAGGGAACACUCAACAACAUCAAAAGACGAUAUCCACAGGUGGUAACGAGGUUGAUCCACUUGUUAGGCCAGAAGAUUCUGGGGAACCUUCAGCAGGGUCGCGGGCCAUUCUCAGGCUCAGCCCUGAGUCUGCCCACUAUGUCAGCUAGUGCAGAUGUAACCAACCCCGCCAGCAACCUCUCUACUGUGGCUGUGCUGCCGGUAUGUGACGAGGUGCCGAUCAACGCGUUCAACCUGGAGCUCAGCCAUGCCCUCAGUGCUAUUGGGCCCACUCUGCUAUUAACCAGUGACAUAAUCAGAGAGCGUCUGGGUGCUUCUGCUUUGGACAGUAUCCAUGAGUACCGUCUGUCUGGCUGGCUGGCCCAGCAGGAGGACAUCAAUCGGAUUGUCCUUUACCAAACUGACAACAGCAUGACCCCAUGGACUCAGCGCUGCAUCCGCCAGGCUGACUGCAUCCUCAUCGUUGGCCUGGGGGAUCAGGAACCUACCCUCGGAGAGUUGGAGCAGAUGUUGGAGAACACAGCGGUUCGGGCUCUGAAGCAGCUGGUCCUUCUACACAGAGAGGAUGGGCCAGGCCCCUCCAGGACGGUCGAGUGGCUCAACAUGCGUAGCUGGUGCUCCGGACAUCUGCACCUUAAGUGUCCUCGCAGGGUCUUCUCUAGGCGCAGUCCCAGCAAAUUGAGGGAGGUAUAUGAAAAGGUGUUUGAGAAAACAGCAGACAGGCACAGUGAUUUCUCUCGGCUGGCCCGAGUCCUGACGGGAAACAGCAUCGCCCUGGUGCUGGGAGGAGGUGGAGCAAGAGGCUGCUCUCAUGUGGGUGUGAUCAAAGCUAUGGAGGAAUCCGGCAUUCCUAUUGACAUAGUAGGUGGGACCUCGAUUGGGUCAUUCAUUGGUGCGCUGUACGCUGAGGAGAGGAGUGCUGUCAGAACCAAACAGAGAGCCAGAGAGUGGUCCAAGGCAAUGAACUCAGUUUUUAAAACAGUCCUGGACCUGACCUAUCCCAUCACCUCCAUGUUCUCUGGCUCUGCCUUUAACACCAGCAUCUAUAAAGUGUUCCAGGACAAGCAAGCCGAGGACCUAUGGUUGCCCUACUUCAACGUCACUACUGACAUCACGGCCUCGGCCAUGCGUGUUCAUCAGGAUGGUUGCGUCUGGCGCUAUGUUAGAGCCAGCGCCUCCUACACCCCCUAUUUACCUCCCCUGUGCGACCCCAAGGAUGGCCACUUGCUUGUGGAUGGUUGCUAUGUUAACAAUGUCCCAGGCUCUCUGUGGCGCUAUGUGCGGGCGAGCAUGACCCUCUCAGGGUACCUGCCGCCUCUCUGCGACCCCAAAGAUGGCAACUUGCUAAUGGACGGUGGCUACAUCAACAACCUGCCAGCGGACAUUGCAAGGAACAUGGGUGCCAGAACAGUCAUUGCCAUCGACGUGGGAAGCCAAGAUGAGACCGACCUCUGUAACUAUGGCGACUGCCUGUCUGGCUGGUGGUUGCUGUGGAAACGGAUCAAUCCCUGGGCAGAGAAAGUAAAGGUGCCAGACAUGGCAGAGAUCCAGUCUCGGCUGGCAUACGUGUCUUGUGUGCGGCAGUUAGAGGUGGUGAAGAAGAGUGCCUACUGUGAGUACAUCAGACCACCCAUCGACCGCUUUAAGACCAUGGACUUUGGCAAAUUUGACGAAAUCUAUGAUGUUGGCUACCAGCACGGCAAGUUGGUGUUCACUGGCUGGGCCCGAGGUGACAUCAUCGAGAACAUGCUGAAGGACCACCAUUCAGCCGACUACAAUGACAGCAAAAGAACUGACUCUUGCACGUGUCCUGGAGCUGACUUCACUGACCUCGCAGAGAUUGUAUCCAGGAUAGAGCCAGUCCAAAGCUAUGUAGCUGCAGAAGCAGAGGAGUCAGACUGUCUGACGGAGUACGAGGAAGACGGGAUGGACACAGUGAGAGAGGAGGAGGGGGAGGAAGAGGAGGAAGAGGCAGAAGAUCCUGAGGACCACUCCCCUGGAGAGUGGGGGCAGAAUGGAGUCUUCCAGACUGAUGAGGAGAAAUCUGUGAGGCAACGCAGGAAACUCACAAGUGACACCUCUGAAGUGUCUGACUGCUGACAGAGGGCCACUGAGAAGUAGAGGGAGUUUAAACAAGAACAAGGGACAAAUUACAGGUCCAUAAAUUGUCAAGGCUAGAGGCGUGGACAUCCCACUCAGCUCCUGCAACUUCUGAAACUCUGAGAUACUGUUUUUUCUUUUUGUUUUUUUCUGGAAGGGGAUCACGCUUCAUCCUCUAAACAGUUGAAUCUUCUUCGCAUCAAGUGGCUUCCUCCUCGCUCUCACAAUAGCUUCGUCUGUUCACAUUCUGAACCCGCCGUCAAAAAAACAAUUAUGUGUGGUCCCAAAUAAGAACGGUCUUCGAAGGUUUGUGCCACUCAGUGUUUUUCUUAUCACCUUUGACUCAUUGCCAGAAUCCCUGCCUGCCAACUCCAAAACCUGCCAAAACUGGGACUCUCCCUGGAGGCAGCAAUUAACACAACAAACCACGGACACUUUACACUUUCAGGUCGCCAAUUUCAAUCGCCUGCAUGUCCCAUCUGAAUCUCUGAAUCUUUAUGUACGCCUCUGUACGUACAGCUCCAUUGCACAUCGUCGCUGAUGGAUUACAUUCAUUUCUUAUGUGCGCUUGUUUGGACGAAUAUGUGUAUAUAUAUUGCGUUUGGAGUGUUUGGUACACACGUGCAAACCUGUGACUUGUUGAAAUAGUAGCAGGACACUGAAAAGAAAAGUAAGAAACACAUACAGUAGAACUGUAGUUAGAAAGUUAGUUCAGUUUUGCGUAGAUGUGAAGUAGGGAGUCAGGUAGGGGAAGCUAACGAAAGCACAGAUGUUCAUGUAGACGCCAAAGUAGAGUUUAUGUUGAAUGAACAGAGUGUUUGGAAGUAGGACAAGGGUGGGUUAUUAUUUAAAGAGAAAAUCGUGUUAAUGAAGGCUGCAGAAAGUUUUGAAAUGUGGGUUUAAGAGAAGAUAAAUGUGCAUAGACAAGAGAAGAGAUGGACCAGUGAGCCAAGUGUUAUUUUAAUUUAAUUUAUUUAAAAUUUACGCACAGUACAGUAGAGUGAGCUUUAUGUGCUGCAGUUAGAAUAAACUGAACGUGGGAAUGGAGAGAACGUGUAAUGGAAAUGAGGGAUGAAUGAGGUGAUUUCAGUGACUGGGUGAUGUGGUGUCUGCGUUCUUGAAAUUUUGUGUUUCAGAUGUUUUAUUUGAGAUGAUGCCAGAUAAAGACGAUGCCUUUUCAGCUAGUGUUCGACCCACUGGCAGUGAACGGUGGCUGUGGAGAAGCGAGCGAUCCUCCGACUGACACUACACAACAAACCAGUGUGUGCCCACCUCUGUUUGCACAAGGUCGCACAUGCAGUACUCAGGGUUCCUGCAUGUAACUACAUCUAUGACAAAAAAGGUUUUUAAAAAAAGUUGUUAGUGGACAAUACAGUGUGUAUGACUCAGAAUCUCAGACUGUACAGUUACGGAAAUCUCCAAAACCAUGGCAACGAAUUAUUGUCAUUUUGACAGAGAUAAUAUGCAGAAACCCUGAGUAAUCCUAAACUCCAAAUGGACAGGAAUUCACCUCAUGUAACUAUUAACACUCAAUUAAUAUGGACCUAAUGUAGAAAUUGUAACAAUAUUAUAAUAUACACAAUGUUGAUAUUCAUAUAUGUAUAUGAGGUGGAAAUUUGUAAGUUGAUGCUUUACUGCAAAACAAGGGAACCAACACUGAAACAGCAAAAAGGGUUUCCUCUCUUAAAAUCUGUUCUGUUUUUAUGGAUGGUCACCAGAUUUGAUUUUUGUUUUUGUUUUUGUUUUUUUUUAUUUAUACAUGUUAACUACUGGCUUUUAAAAAAAAGAUUUUCUUUUUGUAAAUUUGGGGAUGGGGGCCAUCUUAUUUUAAUUAACUUGGCUUUAGCUGUUUUGCACUGAAAUAUUCCUUGCUCAUGUUUGGUUUAAUAAAUUGCCAUCCACCUUGAUAUGCCAAGGGAGUCUAAAUAAAAAGAGAUGCUAAUUUAAUAUGCAUAUUGGAAAAUAAAUAUAAUAUGCAUCA